AUGCACUGCCCGCCGCAGCCCCGGCUCGCCAAGGCAGGCAGGAGGCGCUACAAGACUUUCAUGAUCGACGAAAUCCUCUCCAAGGAGACGUGCGAUUACUUCGAGAAACUUUCUCUCUAUUCCGUCUGUCCGUCCCUCCUGGUCCGGCCCAAGCCGCUGCACUCCUGCGCGGGGUCCCCUUCUCUGAGGGCAUAUCCUCUCAUCUCCGUUAUCACCAGGCAGCCCUCUGUGGUCCCUCACCUCGUUCCAGCUGCCACCAGCUCCCAUGUGCUGCCAGCCCAGACCUCAGCGGCUGCGAGCUCAGAGACGCCAGCCAGCGAGACCCACGGCAGCAGCGAGUCGGAGGCAGAGCAGCCCACACCUCGGUUAAAAAAGCCACGCCGGAGUCGGACCAUCUUCACAGAGCUCCAGCUGAUGGGCUUGGAGAAGAAAUUCCAGAAGCAGAAGUAUUUGUCUACACCUGACAGGCUCGACUUGGCGCAGUCGCUGGGGCUGACCCAGCUCCAGGUGAAGACGUGGUACCAGAACCGCAGGAUGAAGUGGAAGAAAAUGGUGUUGAAAGGUGGGCAGGAAGCUCCAACGAAGCCCAAAGGCCGUCCAAAGAAAAACUCCAUUCCCACCUCAGAGGAAAUUGAAGCAGAAGAGAAAAUGAACAGCCAGGCUCAGAGUCAGGAGGCGGAGGGAUCUCAGGCGCCCGAGGAGCCUAAAGUGACAGAGGAGAAGCCAGAAGUCUCUUUGGAGACAGAAGAGUCUCCAGAACAUAUACCAGAGCCCUCCUCAGAGGAGGCAACGCCAUUAAGUUAAAGGGAAAAAGAAAAGGGAAAGGGAAAAAAAGAAAAAGCAAAGAG